CUAUUUAUUCUCUUUAUCAGUUGUCUUCUCUCUUUUAUUUGUGUUAGCAUAUUCAAGUAGAACAGAAAAGAAAAGAAAGCAUAUUCAAGUAGAACAGAAAAGAAAAAAAAUUAGAAAUGUCGAACAUAGACAUUGAAGGGAUCAUGAACGAAGUACCCAAUGAUUCCCGUCUUCCUAAGACCAAAAUCGUAUGUACUUUGGGUCCUGCUUCCAGAUCUGUUGAAAUGAUCCAGAAGCUUCUUAAAGCUGGCAUGAAUGUUGCUCGUUUCAAUUUCUCACAUGGAACUCAUGAAUAUCAUCAAGAAACCCUCAACAAUCUCAAGUCUGCUAUGCAAUCCACCGGUAUUCUCUGCGCCGUCAUGCUCGACACCAAGGGGCCUGAGAUUCGGACUGGCUUUCUGGUAGAUGGAAAACCUAUUCAGCUAAAAGAAGGACAAGAAAUCACCAUAACUACUGAUUAUGAUAUUAAGGGAGAUCCGGAGACGAUAUCAAUGAGUUACAAGAAACUGCCUGUCCAUUUGAAGCCUGGAAAUACCAUACUAUGCUCUGAUGGAACUAUCACUCUCACUGUUUUGUCUUGUGAUCAAGAAGCUGGUACUGUUAGAUGUCGCUGUGAGAACACUGCAAUGCUGGGUGAGAGGAAAAAUGUUAAUCUUCCUGGUGUUGUGGUGGAUCUUCCCACUCUUACUGAUAAGGAUAAGGAAGAUAUUCUUGAAUGGGGCGUGCCUAACCAUAUUGAUAUGAUUGCUCUUUCAUUUGUUCGGAAAGGAUCAGAUCUUGUUAAUGUUCGCAGAGUUUUGGGGCCUCAUGCUAAGCAUAUUAAGUUGAUGUCAAAGGUUGAGAAUCAGGAGGGUGUCAUGAACUUUGACGAAAUCCUGCGUGAAACUGAUGCAUUCAUGGUGGCGCGUGGUGACCUUGGAAUGGAGAUCCCAGUUGAGAAGAUAUUUCUGGCACAGAAAAUGAUGAUAUAUAAGUGUAAUCUUGCUGGCAAGCCUGUGGUAACUGCCACCCAGAUGCUUGAAUCCAUGAUCAAGUCUCCUCGGCCAACCCGAGCUGAAGCAACAGAUGUAGCCAAUGCAGUUCUUGAUGGAACGGAUUGUGUCAUGCUUAGUGGUGAAAGUGCUGCUGGAUCUUACCCUGAACUUGCUGUGAAAAUCAUGGCCCGCAUUUGUAUUGAGGCGGAAUCAUCCCUAGACUAUGGUACUAUCUUCAAAGAGAUGAUAAGGUCUACUCCAUUGCCAAUGAGUCCAUUGGAAAGUCUUGCAUCAUCAGCUGUACGAACAGCCAAUAAGGCGAGAGCAAAACUCAUUGUCGUGCUGACACGAGGUGGGAGCACAGCCAAGUUAGUUGCUAAGUAUAGGCCAGCAGUUCCAAUCCUGUCUGUGGUAGUUCCAGUUUUGACAACGGACUCAUUUGAUUGGUCCUGCAGUGAUGAGUCACCAGCAAGGCACAGCUUGAUAUACAGAGGGCUGAUUCCUAUAUUGGCAGAAGGAUCUGCCAGAGCUACUGAUGCAGAAUCUACAGAUGCUAUUCUGGAAGCCUCCCUUAAGUCAGCAACACAAAAGGGGCUUUGUAAACCUGGUGAUGCAGUUGUUGCUCUUCAUCGUAUUGGAGCUGCUUCUGUCAUAAAGAUCUGCAUUGUGAAGUGAUCUGCAACACAAUGUGUUUUUUGCCUGCCUUAGAUGCAGGAAGGGCUAUGUUAUGUUCCAGCUUUUGUGCUCUAAUUAAAUUAAACUCUGUGCUGUUUGUCUGUAGUAUAACAGAGGAUUUAGCUAUUAGCAGGUUUUGGUAUUUUCUAUAAUAUUGCUGAGUAUUUCCGAAUGAGAUUCUCAUGAAAAUAAUAUGCAUUUUUGCAUUUAAAACAUUAUAA